AUGUCUGCGUCCAACAAGAUACCCAUCGUCUACGCCUUGGGUUCUAAUGGCUCUGGCCAGUUGGGCAUCGGCCACGACCAAGACGUCUCUAUACCACGUCAAGUCGUCUUCAGCCCGGACCACGAGCCCACCACAUCCGUUGUCCAAGUCGCGGCGGGCGGCAACCACACCCUCCUGCUCACCUCGGGCGGCCAGCUCUAUGGGGCCGGCGACGCAUCCACCGGCGCCUGCGGGCCCUCCUCCACGGAGCCAGCAGCCAAGGCCGGACAGCAUGUGGCGCACGGCGUCGACCUGCCGAAGACCGAGGACGGGACGACCGCGCCAGUGAGGCUCAUAGCCGCGACCUGGGAGGCGUCAGUCAUCGUACAGGAGGACGGCCACGGCAGGAGGACGGCCGUCUCGUCCUUCGGCGCCGGCAUGAAGGGCGAGCUGGGCCAGGGGCAGUUCGUCGUGCGCACGCCCUCCGUCUCGCGCAUCAGGGACUUCCCGCCCCAGGACACCGAGGUCGUCGACCUGGCCGCCUGCAUGGGCCACGUGGUGGCGGUUCUCAGCAACGGCGACGUCUACGGGUGGGGCAACGGCCGCAAGGGCCAGCUGGGCACUGCCGUCGAGGGCGUGGCUAACGAGCCGCGCAAGGUCGAGGGCGUUGGCUUCAAAGUCUCGCGGGCGGUUUGCGGUCGGGAGUUCACGUGCCUCUUUGGUCCUUCGGAGAGCGGUGAAUUACUUGUGCUAGGUGCCGACAAGGCAGGUGUCAAGUCCGCGGCGCCGACAACUGCUCUGGGCUGGAAAGAUGUUGGUGCCAGCUGGGGCGGUGUCUAUUUGCUCAAGCAAGACGGCUCCCUAGUGAAUUGGGGGCGGAACGAUCACGGCCAAUUAGCGCCGCCCCAACUGCCCAAAUUGGACCGCAUCAGUAUAGGCAGUGAGCACGCGGUUGUCAUUACGGAAGACGGAGACGUGCUGGCCUGGGGCUGGGGUGAGCAUGGAAACUGCGGUCCAAAGGUCGACAACGGAGAUGUCAAGGGACGGUGGAACACAAUUGCUUCAAAAAAGUACAUUCCACCUGGGGCUGAAAUCUUGGGUAUCGGUGCGGGCUGCGCAACUAGCUGGAUAAGCAUCCUGAUUCCAAGCCAACCUUGA